AUGGACACGGAGCUGAAGUCGGCAAAAGCGGCAUACCGGAGCGCGAAAGCGGAGGGAAACCACCGGGAGGAGGCGCGGUGGGCCAACGUCGUCGGUGACAUACUGAAAAACCGAGGAGAGUACGUAGAAGCCCUCAAAUGGCUACGAAUCGAUUACGAAAUUUCGCUCAAACAUUUACCGGAGAAGCACUUGCUCCCAACCUGCCAAUCCCUCGGCGAAAUCUACCUCCGCCUCGAACACUUCCCCGACGCCCUAAUUUUCCAGAAAAAACACUUAGAGCUCGCGAGGGACGCAAACGACGUCGUCGAGCAGCAGCGAGCGAGCACGCAACUCGGACGCACUUAUCACGAACUGUUCUCGCGAUCGGAUCACGAUCACAACUCGAUUCGCAACGCAAAGAAGUACUUCAAGUGGGCGAUGGAUCUCGCGGUGAAGCUCAAAGAGAAUCCUCCGAACAACAAGUCUUCUUAUCUGAAGGAGUAUAUCGACGCGCACAACAACAUAGGCAUGCUUGAAAUGGAUCUCGAUAACUUACACGAGGCGCGGAAGAUUCUAACUAGUGGGUUGGAGAUUUGUGAUGAAGAGGAGGUCGCUGAAUUCGACGAUGGCCGCAGUAGGCUCCAUCACAACCUUGGGAAUGUGUAUAUGGAACUUAGGCUUUGGGAUGAAGCUAGGAAAAACAUCAAGAAGGAUAUAGUGAUUUGUAACAGAAUUGGACACUGUCAAGGGGAGGCCAAGGGGUAUAUUAAUUUUGGUGAAAUGCAUUACAGGACUCAGAGGUACGAAGAUGCUAGGGCUUAUUACGAGAAGGCGCUUGGUUUGGCGAAGUCCUUGGAGGACGAAGAUGCUUUGGUUAGGCAAAUUGAGCAGAAUAUUGAUACUGUGCGAGAAGCUGUUAAGGUAAUGGCUGAUAUAACGAAAGAAGAGCAAAGCCUUAAAAAGCUUAAAAGAGAUAUAGCCGCGGCUAGAGGGACAUCCAAUGAGCGGAAAUUCUUGCUGCAGCAGAAUGCAGUUCUUGAACGUCUUGUUGAGAAAGCAAGGAUGAUCCUUGCGUGGGAGAAGCAUUGUGAAUUUGCAAAGGAGAAGAAGAAAAUAGCAAGUGAACUCUGUGAUAGGCAAAGGCUGGCUGAUUCAUAUCUGGAUGUUGCAGAAUCAUACCAGAAACUCAGAAAAUUCAACAAAGCAAUCAAAUGGUACAAAAAGAGCUGGGAAAUGUACAAAAAUAUUGGUAACUUAGAGGGGCAAGCGCUGGUGAAAAUUAACAUCGGUAAUGUUUUGGAUUCUACUAACAAUUGGAGAGAAGCACUGGAUGCAUUUCAAGAGAGCUACAGUAUUGCUGUUGAAGCAGACCUUCCUGAUGUGCAACUCUCUGCCUUGGAAAAUAUGCAUUAUAGUAACAUGAUAAGAUUUGAUGAUGAGGAUGAGACCAGGAGAUUGAAGCUUCUAAUCGACAAGCAGAAGAAAUCCAAAGAAAAAGAGGCAGCAGCUAAAAGUAUGUCAGAUGAUUGUUGCUCUGAAACUGAUACUGAAGCAGGUGAUUAUCUGUCAAACAGUGGGUCUGAUAAUUUUUGCUUUCCAAAGACAAUUUCUCGAUCAAAAGCUCUGAUAACUGGAGAAGAAUUGGGAGAUGACACACCUAUUAUGUCCCUCUAUCAGUCCAUAAAAAGCUCAUCCAAAAAGAAAAAAGACCACAAAGAAAGUCUUCUCAACUCUAACAAGCAAGCUGAGCAGUCACCCAGUAGUCUGAAAAAUCAAUCCAGCGAUCAUCAGACAGUUGUUAGUCGUAAACGUGUCCGUGUAAUUCUUUCGGAUGAUGAUGAUGAUGAUGAGGUGGAGUGUUCAAGCAGGAGGGAUCUCAAUUGCCUGGUUAUCUCCGAGUGUGGAUCUAAGGGUGCAAUUAAAUUUGAAGAAAGUAGUAGUUCUUUCAAAUGUUCAAGUCCACAUACAGCCCCAAACACCGGCAGACAUUCUAGGUCUUUCAGCAAUGACAUAGUUGCUGAAGCUGAUUUUCCUACUGGUUCUAAAUGUGACACUGAUUUCUCUGGCAAACAAAAUGAUAUUACCCAGCCUAGGCUGCAUCAUUCCCAAAAUGACCCCCAGAAAUGUAUUACAUGCCGGAUUGAGAAUGAUCUAAUACAUUUUGAAGCAACCUUGUGUACCACUGGUGAUCAGUUGAACAUUGACUCUUUGAAGGCUGUCGUUGCAUGCUUAUAUUAUCUACAAUUUCCGCCUGAAAAGAGAUCAGAAGGUUUGUUACCCAUUAUUGAACGUAUAAAAUGUGCUGGAAGAGAUAUAGAAUCCCUGGAAACUGUUGAACAACUUAAGGAAGUUCUGGGAAAUGACAUGGUUGAAGCUUCCGUUGAUGGAUGGAUUCAUAAGCGGCUGAUAAAAAUGUAUGUAGACUGCUGCAAGGAGUUAUCUGAGGUACCAAACAUCAAGGUACUGAAGAAGCUUUACAAUUUAGAGGUUUCAGAUGACGAAAUUGUUGUGUCUGACUGCGACCUGCAAGAUUUGUCUAUUACACCAUUGAUAAAUGCACUGCAUUCCCAAAAGUCAUUUGCGAUGCUGGACCUCUCUCACAAUUUGUUAGGAAAUGGAACAAUUGAGAAACUUCGAAAGGUGUUCACGGCAUCAGGACAAUCUUAUGGGGGCUUAACUCUGGAUUUGCAUUGCAAUCGAUUUGGGCCGACAACAUUGUUUCAGAUUUGCGAGUGUUCACUUCUGUUUGCUCGACUAGAAGUUCUUAACAUUUCUGGAAACCGUCUUACUGAUGCAUGUGGAUCUUAUCUUUCGACAAUCUUAAAAAAUUGUACAGAUUCGCGCUGUAGAUAUGCCCCUUUCCAUUUACUUACAUUCUGUGUUGCAGCGCUUUGUAGCUUGAAUAUAGAGAACUGUUAUGUCACAUCCAGAACUAUUCAAAAACUUGCAGAUGCAUUGGACUCCAGAUCUGUUCUUACCCAUCUAUGUAUAGGAUACAACGGCCCUUUAUCUGGAAAUGUUAUUAUUAAUCUUCUGUCCAAGCUUUCUACUCUGAAAAGGUUUUCUGAGUUGAAUAUGAGUGGUCUAAAACUAGGCAAGCCAGUGGUGGAUACCCUUUGCAAGCUUGCAGGGACCUUAACUUUAUCAGGACUAAUACUUGGAGGCACGGGCAUUGGAACUGAAGGGGCGAUAAAAUUAGCAGAAUCUUUGCUUAAAGGAACUGAAGAGCUUUGCUGUCUCAAAGUUUUGGUUCUUAGAAAGUGUCAACUUGGGCUUGCUGGAAUCCUUCACAUAAUUGAGGCUCUCGCAGAGAACAGCUGCAUUGAAGAACUUAAUCUUGCUGAUAAUUCUUUUCCAAAGGAAGUUUCUGCUCUACAAUAUGAUUUAUCAGUAAAGAGCUGCUCACAAUCCCAGCAGAAACUAGACAAUAUGCAAGUUGAUGAGAAUCGAAAGGUCCACUGUUCUAUAAACACAGCCGACUAUAGGCUGGUAGUUGCUGAUAGUGAAGAUAUUCCAGUAGAAGCUGCUUCCAGAAUUGACGACAGCUGUGCCAGUUCAUGUCAAAGAAAUUCAUCUGCCGAGUGCCAUUUCACGGAACAGUUUUCAAUUGCUAUUGGUAAGGCAAAUAACUUGCAAUUACUAGACCUUAGCAAUAAUGGUUUUUCUGCACAAGUUGCGGAAACAUUCUAUGGUUCGUGGGCGACUUUACGACCCUUUUCAAGUCAUAAGCACAUUACUGAGCAGAUUGUUCAUUUCUCAACGAGGGAAAAUAAAUGCUGCAGAGUGAAACCUUGCUGCAAGAAAGUUUGA